AGGCAAUGCAAUGUGAAUGAACUGAAAACGGAUUGAGGUUAGUUUUAUUGUUUUUGUUGCAUUGAAGUUCGACAAAUCAUUUGACUGAGCAUCGAGAUAAGAGAAAAUAAUUGGGAAAUUUCUGGAAAAUGUUGUCGUUGAGACGCUUGCAAAGAUUUCAAUGGCGGCCAUUGGCGCGCUUCUGUUCGGCCGAGCUAGUACACAAAGACACUUUCAUAGAGAAGCUGCGGAACAGCUUUAUUGAAGAUGAACGGAAUAAUUUUGUGGUGCCGACGUUCAAGAAGGCGAUGCUCUUUCCGGAUGAGAUUGCAAUUAAGGACUUGAAUGGCGAGUUUACAUACUUUCAGCUGUACAUAACAGCCAAAAAGCUAGCCAUUCAAAUAUCAAACUUUUGUGGCAGCGCCUCACAGUCAAACGUUGCUUUCUUAUGCUCCACUAAUGCUCUAUGGAUUGUGAUACAGUGGGGUUGCUGGAUUUCGGGUCAGGUUGCUGUUCCUCUGGAGCCCAAUCAAGCGGCAGAUGAACUGCUUACACAGGCUACCGACUGCAAAGCCAAGCUAUUGAUUGGCACACCCGAAUGCGAGAACAUCACGCAGGACUUGGCAACGAAACUGCAAACAGCCAGCAUUGUGCUGGAUCACAGCUUUGUCCCCACAUCGGAGAGCGUCGCUUCUACGGCCAUGUACGCCAAGCAGCUGGUCGGUCUGAACGGUGCUCUCAUACCGGAGAGCACGCUGCCCAACGACUAUUAUGCGAAUGCGCCGGCCAUGCUAAUCUAUACGCCCAGCUCGUCGACUAGUCGAAACGGCGUGGUGCUCACCCAUCGGAAUAUUGAGGCACAGAUGCGGUGCCUUGUCUCCAGCUGGCACUUAAAGGCCACCGACUCGAUGCUGCCGCUCAUUUCGAUAAAUCGCAUGCAUGCGGCAAUCGGCGCUCUGCUCGGUGUGGGUGGCAACAUAUUGUUGCAGCAGAAAUUCGAUAGCCAUACCGCUUGGAGUUCGCUGCUGGGCAUCAAUAGCCCGUCUAAACAACGUGUGAACAUAUUUCUGGCCAUGCCCAUUAUAUACAAACGUCUCAUUGCCGAAUAUGACAAAAUGUUUGCCCAGGACUCGCGCAUGGUGGAGUACAUAAUCAAUCACUGCAAGCAGAAGAUUCGCCUGAUGGCAACUGCAUUUGGCCUGCUGCCGGAGUCUGUGUUCUAUCGCUGGCGCGAGAUAACUGGACAAAAUAUUUACGAAUACUAUGGAAUGCUCGAGACGGGCCUAGUACUGGGUCCCACGCUCGACGAGCAGUCGCCCAGCAGCAAUGUGGAUUAUCGUCCGGGCACCUUGGGUGCACCCUUGAUGGGCGUCACGGCCCGUCUGGUCAACAACCAAGGUGACCAGCUGGUUACCUGCAAAAGCGAGUCCAUCAUCGGCUUAGACAAUAAGCCCAGCUACAUGCCAGUGCUAAGCACGGUCGUCGGCGAAUUGGAAAUAGCAGGCGCAAAUUUAUUUCCGCGAAAGGUCAACUCAAUUUUGCAAGUAACCCCCGCCAAGUUAGGGCCGACCGGAACGGUGGAUCAGGUCGCGCCGAUGGACCAGUCCGUGGAGAAGUUUCUCAAAACCGGUGACAUUUGCGCCUAUCGCAACGGCAGCUUUAAUUUCCUAAGCAAAUCGACGGAUGUAUUCAAUGUGGGCGGAUAUAAGAUUUAUGGAUCGGAGAUCAAAAAGGCGCUCAUCUCCCAUCCGAGCAUAAAUGAUGUUGCCGUAUUGGGCAUACCAAAUAAACUGUGGGGGCAUCGCUUAGGCGUGAUUUGCAUAUUGUCGCCCGAUGCUGAAGUCGAUCUGGAGACAAUCAAGUCCUAUUGCUAUAGUCAGUUGCCAGCCCAUAAGCGCCCCACUGUCUUUAAAACGAUCGUUGCCAAGUAAUCAACCAAUUAAUCAGUUCAACGCUCACCUGUCCGAUCGUAUAAUUAGAAAAAUUUUUGUGUUCAUUAUUUUAAGAAAACUGUUAAGAGAGA